UGGUAUUGUCCCGACCGUGACCUGUCAAAAUUCUCCCGCGUAAAUAAACAAAUUUCCAUCAGUUGAACAUGGAACAGAAUGUGAGGGAAGAGGAUCUCGAAUUGAGUGAUGACGAGGAACUAAUUACCGCUCAGAAGGUACUUGAAAACCUCGAAAAUGCCUGGCUCAAUGAAAAAUUCGCCCCCGAACUUCUCCCUCAGCAAACGGAAAUGCUGGAAUUGAUGCUCGGUCAAGUGGCUCACAUGGAAGAAAACAUCAAAGAGUUGGAUAAAAAUGAUUUCCGAUCGAUUGCGCAUCGAAUGGAGUUGGAACGGAUACGAUACAUAAUUGCUAGCUACCUGCGGUGCCGCCUGGAGAAAAUUGAGACUUUCACGAAGCUCAUUUUGCAAGAGGAAGAGUCCCGGGCGGACGAGGAGAAACGAAUGUCCGUGGAGGAGACUAAAUUCGCAACAGAAUACCAUGAGAAUAUGGAGAACUACUUUAAGACAGUUGCACUGCAGUACAUGCCGACUUUGCAGCGGUCGGACGCGGACCAAAGGAUAGUGAGGCCGAAUAUGAUGAGCCACGUUUUUGUUAAAGCGAAGGAAACCGUUCCUGCUGUUGUUGUCGGCGUUGAGGACGAGGAAGUGGACCUGGUGGCCGGGUCGCAGCACAUAAUCCCGUACCAGUUGAUUUCCGAUCUGGUUCUGAAGGGAAGCGUUCAGCUCAUUUAGUUAGAGAAAAUCUGGAGAAUUGGAUGAAAUUUAAUGUAAAUACCGAGAAGUUGCUUAUAAUAUAUAUAUUUUCUAUCUA